AAAAAUCAGUCGGACUUCCCACCACUAAACACACCGCCCCUCAUUCCAGGCAACCACAAAUCAACAGCGCCAACUUCAUUUCAUUAUAGUGCCGAGACGCUCCUUGCUCCCAACGGCCCCUGGCCAUUGCAGCGAUGAUAUCCGUGGAUAACCCGAAGCCGUUAAUAUGAUUGCACACUGAAUGUGUUUUUCACGCUCAACCCAGAGACGUAAGUUCUAUUAUGCUUUUAUAUUGAGUGAGAGCAAUAUACGUCGGCGCGUCAUCGUCAAAUGCGCGCGCCCGCACAAAUCCUCAAACCUGCAGAAAGACACACAGGGCUCGUAUUGUUAGAGAAGCGGUGUGGAGACCCACACGCGAAAUAUCCCUGCUGGAGAGGACUGAAAGCAUGGAACAUAAUUUGAUUCUGGACAAGAUGCACAUCUUAUAAAUGCAUGGCAACCACAGUCGUACCUACACUGGGUAGUGGACAUGCACUGAAAAGCCCUAGAUCUGGCACAGCAAAAUGGAGCAGCACACCCUAUCUGUACAAUUUAAGUCUGGUGUCAAGCAACAGAUAAUUAAUGAGGGAAUGGCGGAGCUCAGAUUUUCUUGAUACAACUCUUUCUUUGCAAGUCACAGCACAGACGGACACGCCAUGGAUCUCCUUUGGAUUCUGUACUCCAUGCUGACUGUAUGUAUGGCCAUCAAUAUGGAAGCUACCGGGAGCCAUAGCAUGUUUACCUGUGAGCCUAUCACAUUAAGGAUGUGCCAGGGCCUCGCCUACAAUACCACCUUCAUGCCCAACCUUCUGAAUCACUAUGAUCAGCAGACCGCUGCUCUCGCCAUGGAGCCCUUUCAUCCCAUGGUGAACUUGGAGUGCUCUACUGAAAUUCGCCCAUUCCUGUGUGCCCUUUACGCACCCGUUUGCACCGAGUACGGCCGCGUGACCCUGCCAUGUCGGCGCCUGUGCCAACGUGCCAAGAGCGACUGCUACAAGCUGAUGGACAUGUUUGGGGUCAGUUGGCCAGAUGAGAUGGAGUGUAGCAGGUUUCCAGAUUGUUAUGAGUCUUACCCCCGAGCGAUAGACCUGCUCCCGAGCAGUGACGGGACGGAGGAAUCUCCCUCAUCGGUUCAGCGGGACUACGGCUUCUGGUGUCCACGAGAGCUGAAGAUCGAGCCUGACUUGGGUUACUCGUUCAUGGGUGUGCGUGACUGUUCGCCCCCCUGCCCAAACAUGUACUUCCGCAAAGACGAGCUCCUCUUUGCCCGCUAUUUCAUUGGCGUUGUCUCCAUAGUCUGCCUGUCGGCGACGCUUUUCACCUUCCUGACCUUCCUCAUCGAUGUUGGCCGUUUUCGCUAUCCUGAGCGGCCCAUCAUCUUCUACGCGGUCUGCUACAUGAUGGUGUCCCUGGUCUUCUUCAUGGGUUUCCUGCUGGAGGAUCGCGUGUCAUGCAAUGCAGCGAGCCCGGGUCGUUUCCGCGCCUCCACCAUCACCCAGGGCUCCCACAACAAGGCCUGCACACUGCUCUUCAUGACACUCUAUUUCUUCACCAUGGCAGGAAGCGUUUGGUGGGUCAUCCUCACCAUCACCUGGUUCCUGGCGGCCGUUCCCAAAUGGGGAAGCGAAGCUAUCGAGAAGAAGGCUUUGCUGUUCCACGCCGUGGCUUGGGGCGUCCCGGGAGCCCUUACUAUCACCCUCAUGGCUAUGAACAAAAUCGAGGGCGACAGCAUGAGCGGCGUUUGUUUCGUGGGGCUCUAUGACCUCAUGGCUUUGCGCUGGUUCCUCUUGGUGCCUCUCGCAUUGGAUGUGGUCGUAGGUGUGGUGCUGCUGUUAGCGGGCAUUGCCGCUCUGAAUAGGGUCCGGAUGGAGAUUCCCCUAGAGAAGGAGAACCAGGACAAACUGGUGAAGUUCAUGAUCCGGAUCGCCGUGUUCUCCGUCCUGUAUCUGGUGCCUCUGCUGACCGUCAUUGGAUGCUAUCUGUAUGAACAGAGCCACAGAUCAGUUUGGGAGACCACGUGGGUACAGGAGCGCUGUAGAGAGUAUCACAUCCCCUGCCCUUUUAAGGUGGAACAGACGAGCAGGCCGGAUAUCGCCUUGUUCCUCAUCAAGUACCUGAUGAUGCUGGUGGUGGGAAUCCCGUCAGUGUUUUGGGUCGGCAGUAAAAAGACCUGCUUCGAGUGGGCCAGUUUCUUCAACGGGCAUCGCAGGAAAGACAGCACGGUGCACGAGAGCAGGCAGGUGCUGCAGGAGCCCGACUUCACUCAGCUCCUCCUCAGGGACCCCAACACUCCAGUGGUGAGGAAGUCUAGAGGCACCUCGACACAGGGCACCUCCACCCAUGCCUCUUCCACGCACCUCGCCAUGCUGGACGAGCCCCCCAGUGCUAGCACCAGCCGCGCGGGCAGCAUGCGCAGCAAAUCAAGCAGCUUCCACGGCAGCCUGCAUCGCUCCAGAGAUGGCAGGUACACAGCUUGCAGUUAUCGCGGCGUCGAGGAACGUCUUCCUCACGGGAGCACCCUGCGCCUUAAUGAUCCGCUCCAGCACUGCGGCGUCAACCGUCUCGACAGCCAUUCACGCCACGGCAGCCUGCAGCGCCUGGAGAGCCAAUCACGGCACAGCAGCGUGCGAGACCUCACCAUCACAGCCAUCCAAAGCAGCCCUGGCAACGGCAUUCACCGUGUCAUAGAGGAGGAUGCCACCAAGGCGUGAAAUUUCACAUGGCAGCAAAUAGAGACCAAUUGAGUAAAGAGAACAUGGACUCUUGGCACAAACUCCUCAUGAUGGAUGGCACAGAUACAAGUGUGCCAUGUGCGUUUCCUGGGGAUUGAACCCAUGACCUUGCAGAUGUUAGCAUUUUCUACUACUAGUUGAGCUACAUGAACAAAAUGGACUUCUUGAAUAUAUUUACUUUAAGACUUUCAAUCAAAAGUUGUAAAGUUCAGUUAUGGACUAUACCAAACACUUGAAAUCUUUUGAUGUACACUACAAUUCAAAAGUUUGGGAUCAGUACUUUCUACAGAUUUCUAUUUCAAAUGAAUGCUCCAGAUCAAAUAAAUGCAGCCUUGCUGAGAAAUAAACCCACCCCCAAACUUUUGAAUGGUAGUCUAUGUAUGUACUGUUAUCUUUUCUCAAGUAAAAUCUGUGUGGAACCUCUUAUUAAAGGGUUCCUACAAUAACAGGGUCAAACAUGAGGGCUUAUGAUACGUCAUAAUUUUGUGAUGUAUCGAGGCACUUGCUGUUUUCUAUACUCCCAUGAUUUAAGCUUUUCUGAGUUGUUACACUACAGAUGUGGUUUUGAAUGUUUCUUUCCAUUGUUUGUUGCACUUUUGACCGUUUUGUAGAACAGAGCUAGUGAUGAAUAAAGACAUCUCCGCACAUUUGCGUUAAAUUUAAAUAGACAAUACAAAUUUUGUAAUUUACUCACCAUUGUUACAUUUCAAACAUAUGUUCUUUUUUUCCUGUGGAAGACAAUAGGAGAUGUUUAGCAGAAUGUACAAGCUUCUCAUUUCCAUACAAUGAUAGUAAAUAGUGAUCAAGGGCUGUAAAGUUACAAAAAUGUCAAAAAGCACCAUAAAAACAAAUGACUCGAUUGCAUUGCAAGUCCUCUGAUAUUUGUGGGGGAAAAAAGAAAAAACAUUUAAUUCAGUCCAUAAUUGUUUCCAGUGCCAAAUGUCCUAAAGUUGAGGGUGAGAAAAUGGGGAGAAAAAAAAAAAAAACGUUUUGUGUGAAAUAUCCCUUUGAAAAGCAUCAAGAGCUGAAUUAAAAAAAAAAAAAAAAAAUGUCAGUCAUUUUAGAAUAGAUAGUGUAGGCAUUUUUCAAAUGGAAAUUGGCAUAUCCUUUACAACCAAGCUCUUCUCUGUUGAGUUUUAGCACUAAUAACAAUUAGUCAAGUCAUAUUCGUGACAUUCACCGAAAACUGUGA